AUGCAAGACGACAGCCUAGAAGCUUCUACAUCCAUAUCUCAACUUCUAAGAGAAAGCUACCUGGCUGAAACUAGACAUCGGGGAAACAACGAGAGGAGUCGAGCAGAGCCUUCCUCCAACCCUUUCCAUUUUGGUAGUCCUUCGGGGGCUGCUGAAGGAGGAGGAAGCCAAGAUGACCUUCCAGAUCUUUCCGCUUUUCUGAGCCAGGAAGAAUUAGAUGAAAGCGUCAAUCUGGCCAGACUGGCCAUCAAUCACGACCCUUUGGAGAAAGCCGAUGAAGCUCAGGCUAGAAAGCGCCUAUCUUCCGAGCAGCUGAGACACCCCCCGAAGUCUAACUUUGAGCCCAACUUCUGCCAGGAGAAGGCUCAGAGGCCGAGCAGUCCGAGAGAGAGUCCCCAGGAGACAAAGCGGCCGCCGUACAGCUCCGAAACCCAGUCGAAGAAAGUAUUCCUGAAUAAGGCGGCCGAUUUCAUCGAGGAGCUUUCCUCCCUCUUCAAGGCACACAGCUCCAAACGGAUCAGACCUCGGGCCUGCAAGAACCACAAGAGCAAACUGGAAUCUCCAGGCAAAGCGCCCCCCACGGAAGGCGGCCCCAGCCUCUCCGAGCUGUCGGAGAGAAGAGAGCGAGCAUCCGCCCCCAUCCCCAUCCCCACCGACGCCAGGGACAACGAAGUCAACCACGCUCUGGAGCAGCAGGAAGCCAAGAGGCGCGAGGCCCAGCAGGCCGCGCAGCAGCAGGCCGCGGGGGGCGACGCCAGCCCGGGGUCUUCGCCUUCUUCGCUGUACUACGAGGAGCCCCUGGGGCAGCCUCCCCGCUUCACGCAGAAGUUACGGAGCAGAGAAGUCCCCGAAGGAACCCGAGUCCAGUUGGAUUGCAUAGUGGUAGGAAUUCCUCCACCUCAAUCUUUCCCCAAUGUCCAUGAUAAGAAGAGGGGAGUUUCUUCUUCUGACUCUGAAGGGGACCUUAACAAGGAAGAGAUGAAUCGAAUCCAGAAGCCAAAUGAGGUGUCAUCACCCCCCACUACCUCUGCAGCCAUUCCUUCAGCAGUGCCCCAAGCCCAGCAUUUGGCAACCCAGCCCAGAGUAUCGACCAUCCAGCAGUGUCAGAGUCCCACCAACUAUUUGCAAGGAUUGGAUGGAAAACCCAUCAUUGCAGCUCCCGUGUUUACAAAGAUGCUACAGAAUUUGUCCGCUUCCGAGGGUCAGCUGGUUGUCUUUGAAUGCAGAAUAAAAGGCGCUCCAUCCCCUAAAGUUGAGUGGUAUAGAGAAGGGACCUUGAUAGAAGAUUCUCCAGAUUUUAGGAUUUUACAGAAAAAACCUCGAUCCAUGGCUGAGCCAGAGGAGAUCUGUACUUUGGUCAUUGCUGAAGUGUUUGCAGAAGAUUCCGGGUGCUUCACAUGUACAGCAAGCAACAAAUACGGCACCGUGUCAAGUAUCGCACAGCUGGAUGUGAGAGGAAAUGAAGACCUCAGUAACAAUGGAGCUCUUCACUCCGCCAAUUCCACCACCAACCUGGCUGCUAUUGAGCCACAGCCAUCCCCGCCCAACCCAGAGCCUUCUAUGGAACAGCCCCCCAAGCCCAAACUUGAAGGGGUCUUGGUGAACCAUAAUGAGCCCCGGUCCAGCUCAAGGAUUGGGCUCCGUGUGCACUUCAAUCUGCCUGAAGAUGACAAAGAAAGCGAAGCAUCUUCUGAGGGAGGAGCGGCCACAGCCAACCUGAGCAGGCCUGACUCUUUCCCAGAGAGGCUCAAUGGACAAACAACAAAAAUCCCAGAGCCUUCCUCACCCAUCAAAGAACCCCCUCCUGUUCUGGCCAAACCCAAACUUGACUCCACUCAGUUACAACAGCUUCACAACCAAGUCUUGCUGGAGCAGCAGCAACUGCAAAACCCAUCACCUUCAUCACCUAAAGAGUUUCCCUUCCAGGGGAGUGUGCUGAACUCCGCCUCCAGCAAGCAGGCCAAGGCCCCCACCGCAGCACAGACUUUCAGCUUGGCCCGACCCAGACACUUCUUUCCCUCCACUACCUCGGCUACCGAGUCUCCAUCCAGCUCUCCGGUGUUCACCUUGAGCAGCGUUCCUCAAACAGAUCAGAGGACAGUGCGCAAAGAAAGCCUCUUAACUGCUCACCCCUCAGUGCAAACAAAACCUCCCGGUGGGGCUUCCAUCCCAAACCAGCCACUGGGCCCAGGCUCCGCAGAGCCAGCUCCGCCACCGCUCUCAUUUUCCAUCCCCAGCGGAAACCAGUUUCAACCCCAAUGUGUGUCCCCAACACCUGUCUCUCCUACUGGCCGGAUUCAGAACCCAGUGGCUUUCCUCAGUUCCGUGCUACCUUCUCUCCCUGCCAUCCCACCCACCAAUGCCAUGGGACUGCCCAAAAGUGCGCCUUCUGUGCCAUCCCAGGGACUAAUGAAGAAAAAUACCAAAUCUCCUCAACCAGUGAGUGAUGAUUACAUUCGUGAAACCAAGAAUGCGGUGAUUCUAGAUUUAGGGAAGAAAGAGUACAAAAUUUCAAGCUUUGAACAGAGGCUGAUGAAUGAAAUUGAGUUUCGCCUGGAACGUACACCUGUUGAUGAGUCAGAUGAUGAAAUCCAGCACGAUGAGAUCCCCACGGGCAAGUGUAUUGCUCCCAUCUUUGAUAAAAGACUCAAGCACUUCCGGGUUACAGAAAGCUCUCCAGUCACCUUCACCUGCAAAAUUGUUGGGAUUCCAGUUCCAAAGGUUUACUGGUUCAAAGAUGGGAAGCAGAUUUCUAAGAGAAAUGAACACUGCAAAAUGCAACGAGAAGGAGAUGGGACGUGUUCUCUGCACAUCGAAUCCACCACCAGCGAUGAUGACGGCAACUACACCAUCAUGGCAGCCAACCCCCAGGGAAGAAUCAGCUGCUCUGGCCACCUGAUGGUGCAGAGUUUGCCCAUUCGCAGCCGACUAACACCUGCUGGUCAGCCUCACAGGGGAAGAUCUCGCAUACAAGAAAGAGACAAAGAACCCCUACAAGAACGUUUCUUCCGACCACAUUUCCUGCAGGCUCCGGGGGACAUGGUAGCUCAUGAAGGGUGCCUGUGUCGGCUGGACUGUAAGGUGAGUGGCCUACCACCCCCGGAGCUCACGUGGCUGCUCAAUGGUCAACCUGUGCUACCAGAUGCCUCCCAUAAGAUGCUGGUCAGGGAGACAGGAGUCCAUUCUCUGCUCAUUGACCCACUCACCCAACGUGAUGCAGGGACCUAUACCUGCCUGGCUACCAACAAAACUGGGCAGAAUUCCUUUAGUCUGGAGCUCUCUGUCGUAAGAGAUAGCCUAUUCUUUCCUUUCUCCAGUAUGCACCAGGACACAACAGGGUAUGUCUGCCUCCUCAUUCAGCCAGCCAAGAAAUCAGAUGCUGGAUGGUAUACAUUGUCAGCCAAGAAUGACGCUGGCAUCGUGUCCUGCACUGCCAGGCUGGAUAUAUAUGCUCAAUGGCACCAGCAGAUCCCACCACCUAUGUCUGUCCGACCCAGUGGCAGUCGCUACGGAUCUCUCACCAGUAAAGGACUUGACAUAUUUUCUGCCUUUUCCUCCAUGGAAAGCACGGUGGUGUAUUCUUGCUCUUCUCGGAGUGUGGUGGAGAGCGAUGAACUUUAA